UGUGACUUUCGGCGCAGCGCGGAGGACAGGUGGAGACGACGAAGAAGAAGAACGGCGACGAUGGCAGUGGUGCAGACGCUGCUCGGGUUUGCACGACAGCUGGUGCCCUUUGCACGACGCCAGCCAAGGCCGCUGAAGACGGUGGCAGUGUGCCUGGUGUGCAUCGUGGUCUCGGCAGGGUUGUUUUUGGUGCAGCCGUUGAUGGUGCGAAAUGCCUUGGACGUGAUGUUCAGCGAGGACGCCAGCUACAGCGGCUUGUACUGGCAGUGCUUCCUGAUGCUGCUGAAUUACGUCGCCCUGCACGGCGUCCGCCAGAUUGGCCUCUUUCGCCAAGGCGUGCUUGCACAACAGAUCGUGGAGGACGUGCGCGUGCUUGCUUUUUCCGAAAUGAUUUCCCAGGGCCAUGUCGCUGUUGAACGCCGCGGCGUUGGCGCCGCACAGGCAAUGCUCACCAGCGACGUCACGCACCUCUACACCCUCAUCCGCAAUCACGCCACGGACAUGCUGAACGGGCUGCUGUUCUCUGUGGGAGGGCUGUUGCUCUGCGUGGCCAUUCAGCCGUUCCUCACGGUCUUUGUUGUUCUUCUUCUUGCGCCCAUGGCGUUUGUCAUGAAGCAGUUUGACAAGAUUGGCAAGACGGCAGGGAAAAAGAUCCAAGAGAGCUUGUCCGACACGAUGGACUCCGUUUCCGAGGCGCUCAUGUGCACAAAGUGA